GAAAUCUGGCAUUGGCUGAUAGCUGUCGAGGUGCCCAUGUGCCGGUCGUGGAGCUGACAAGCCGCACCAGUAACUUCAGCAAAGUCAGAGCAGUUCUGCGCGCCAAUGGAACUGGCUAUGUCAAGCUCGCGGAGGCAUUCAAGUAUAACAGGUCUGAAAACCUCGAGCUGUGCACCAACUUUUUGCACGACUUGGGUUACCACUCUAUGGAUCAGGCAGACUUUCUGGGGCACGGCACAGCCAAGUUUUGGUUUGCCAAUUCCUUGGGACCGCUGACAGUGUUUCCGCAGCAAUGUGCCACAAACGCUGUGCGCCGUUUGGCUUCGAUCCGGAAAAGCUGGAAGAGGUAUAGGGACGACUUGGUGUUUUGCUUUCCAAUAUCUUCUGGUGCCACAUUGACUCAGAAGCAGAGAGGAGUCUAUGGAACGACACUUGCCAGACAAUUGUAUCGAGGUGGUGGGCCAAUGAUGCUCAAAGACUCGAAGCUGCUGGUCCGGCGAAUGCUCAGCAAGUUGGGAUAUUUAGACAACGGCUUGAACGCGGACUUGGGGGAAGCAGCAUUCCUCUUUGUGAAUGCUCCGGAAAACCAGUACGUGCUUCGCAAGCAGCUGAAUCUUCUGCCCACAGAAGGAGACACCCUGGAACACGUGCAAAGCAAAUUGCGAAGUGCCUUCCGAUCACAUUUGUCCAACGCCCGCUGGAGAGUGUCACCCCGUGACGCACAAGUCAGGGAACUGCUCCACCGGGAGGGGUUCUUGGAUAGC